CUAACAUCAGCCCUUUUUAUGUAAACGCACUUUCCCCACAAUAGCUCCCAAACCUUCUUCAUCGAUCGGCCACGGGAUCUGUCGAUGAUGAGAUUGAACACAAAACGUAAAAAGAGGACAAGCUCGUUCUAAGCUCAGCGCUUUCUCCCCGUUUAUUUCAAGCCUCACUGCGUCAUCAUUACCUCUCCUUUUUUCACGUGCUUGUUGGUCGCGCCGCAACAGGGAGCUCUUUCCCCGCGAGUGACAUCAUGCAGCUAUGACAAGCUCCCGUCGUCAUAACAUAAGUUACAAGAGCUUCCCGUGUCUCUCUUUCUCCUUUGAAAAUCAUCUCUGUAUUCUUCUCAAUUUCAUCAAUUGAACUUUUUCUUUACCUCACAACAUAAAAGAUACUAAUUCAACUCUCCCACAACAAAAUACCAGCAAUCACCAUCAUGUCUUUCCUCACAGAGAACGUCAUCCGCCGUGUCGCCCUCGCACCUCGCGUUAUCGCCUUCCAGGCUCCUCGAACAUUCACCACAAGCUUUGCUUUGCAGCGAACUGCCACAGAUGCUGUCAAGGACACUGCCAAGAAGGUUGAUCGUGUUGUGAGCGACAAGAUUGUCGACGGCAUUGAGGCUGGCGAAAACGUUGCCUCGAAGGCCAAGGAUGUUGCCCAGGAUGUGACUGGUGGCAGCGCCACUGGAAAGGCACAAGAGCUCCGGGGAGAGGCUGCUGGCAAGGCUCAGGAGCUCAAGGGUGAAGCCAAGGGCGCUGCUGAGCAGGCCAAGGGCAAGGUGAAGGGUGCGGCUGAGGAGGUCAAGGGCAAGUUGUAAACGAAGCUCACGCUUGCCAUGAUUCAAAUGGGAUAUAAUGAAGCUCAGACCUCACAGUGGUCUGUUGUACGAUUACAAGGCAUGCAUCAUAAGACUAAGGGAGCAAAUUUCAUACACUAAGAAAUCAAUUUAGACAUUCAUAUUGUGCUAAACUCAUCGCAACUAUUACCAAAUCACGUUGGCUUCUUCCUAUGUGAUCAUACCACAACUGAAAAGCAAGAGCUGCUGUCCGUAUGUGACACUUGGCUCAGGUAAGUGAAACCUGACGUCAUCAAUUUUGGAAUAGUGUCUUUCCCGAUAUCAUGUCUUAUUCAUCUCCAUAUGUAUCUUCAUAUCAUUCAGGUACCUUAAUAAACAUUGGUACUUAUUCAUUCUUAUUACACCAUGUAUUGUAAACAUCGCUCCAACCUGCCACCAUUUGCUUUCCCCCUAACAUUAGAAGUAUAUGUGCUUACGCAAUGUUUGUCUUCUUGGGCUGGACAUCGAUUUCGCCAAGAGGGAAGCGAACCCAUGUCGUAUCCUCAGUCAUAAUACCAGCCGCACCUGCAUAGAAAGCUGCGAAGGCGCAGAUGCAUGAAAAUGCGCCUCCAGUCUUGUUGAUUCGAAUAGCUGCAGUAGGGUGAGUGGUCUGCAGAAACUGAGCCAAGCUGAGGAAGAGGAAAGCGAGGAACAAGAAACCGAGAACAAUGAGGAUGGCAAUGUUCGUCUUGAGAGCGGCCACGAAGAAGAUAAGAGUGAGGAAGCACCACAAAAUUAGAAAGAUGCCCAAUGCAAAGCUGUAAGCGCGGUCAUCGCCCUUGUAUGCGUCCUUGAUACCCAGGUCAGGAACGAAGAACAUGGCGAAAGCGAGCCAGAAGGCACCGUAGGAACAAUGGACGGUAGUACCAAAGGUAUUACCGACGCGGAACUCCAUAAGGCCGGCAAAAAGCUGAGCAAUGCCACCAAAAAAGACAGCCAGACCAAAGAUGGCUUGGUCAGGGCCGACACCGCCGAAGGGGUUUGAUCCAGGAAGACUGUAACACGGGGUUAGUAUGUAAAACUAUGACCAGGUAGAGGGGAAUAAUUUACCCAGCACCGCACUGGUAGAGGCCGAGGACAAAGGUAGUCAAGGCGAAACUGAUCAACCCCAAUGGGCCAGGAUUGGCAACCUUGAAGAACGAAGGGUUGUACACCUGCGACACCAUGGACUGGUGAGGCUUCUGGAUAUUCCUGUUUCGUUCCUCAUAGUAAUGGUUG